CAGCAGGAUUUGUCAAGAUCUUUAUGAUGAGUAGUUCAGAGAGGGCCUUCAAUAAUCGGAUGGUUAGGAACUUCCACUGGAGUUUUCUUUCUUUCUGGCUUGCUUUUAUUUUCAGUUCUUUUCUAACUAUUUUGCUCUUUACAGAUUCUCUCCCUGGAGAGGGAACCACAGUCUAGUAGGACCCUUCCCCCGGAAAAACUCGAAAAUAUCCACGUCUGGACACUGGUUGACCCUGUUUAAUUGAGUAGUGCCAUCAAUACGGAUUGUCUAGAGUAUAGCGAUAGUACUUGUCCUUGAAAACUGGAAUGUUUUCAUUCUUUUUUUUUCCCUUCUUUCUCUUGGGAGAGGGCGAAUAAUGAUUUUGUUGUUGGUUGAUGUUAGUUAUUAGUAUAAAUGCAUGGAAUUUUUUCUUUAUUUACAUUUCGUACCAUACUCACCACAACUCAUAUAUUUAUAGACUGAGCCCUGUUCCAAUUCCAUCGUGAACCGUAUUUCUGUUAAAACCCUUGUGGGGAAACCCAUAUUUACAUUUUGUUUGCCUUAACUAUUUUCCAACUCUUUCUCUUCAACCUCCUUCAUUGAGGGAAAAAACCAAAAAAAGAAGCCCCAAAUUUUAUCAGAACCCUUGUUUUCACAACGUGGAUAAGACUCUUUCAAUUCAUACUUCCAAAUAUCCAGGAAUUCGCAGAAUAUUUUCUCUCUCCUAUAUAUCUCUUUGUAGAUAAGAUAAAACCCAUGUCGCUCUUCUCAGCCUAAUCCCAGUUUCUAAUUCAAUCGUAGGAAGGGGAGACAAAGAGUAGGUUGAACUGUGAAGUACGAUGAGUUUUAGCUUGUGUCAAAAACCGCUAAUCACGCAUCUCUUAUCCAUAUAGUUUUCUUCAUUUGAAUAUCCCAAGUUUUGAAACCUAGAGAAGCUUUGCUUCUUGAAACUGCUGUUUUAUUGGUUCUUUUUAUGCUGUUCAUGGACUACUCCAGGGAAGUUGAAGGAAAAAAAGUCCAUGACCAUUGUAACAAGAAUAUGACUACGUUAGCAAGGUGUUUAUGGAUGCCCGGUCCUGUUAUCAUUGGUGCCGGCCCUUCCGGUCUAGCCACAGCUGCUUGUCUCAAAGAAAGAGGUGUCCCUAGCUUAAUCCUUGAAAGGGCUGACUGCAUAGCUUCCUUGUGGAAGAUAAAAACCUACGAUCGUCUUCGUCUUCACCUUCCAAAGCAAUUCUGUGAGCUACCCCUCAUGCCAUUCCCAGUAAAUUUCCCAACUUAUCCCACCAAAGAGCAGUUUGUGGCUUACUUGGAGGCCUACAAAAACCAUUUCGGUUUAGAACCAGUUUUCAACCAAACCGCAGUGAGUGCAGAAUUUGAUCAUCGAUGUGGGUUUUGGCGGGUUAAGACUGUGGGGCUGAAACAAGAAGAAACUGAGUAUAUGUCUCAGUGGCUAAUUGUAGCUACUGGGGAGAAUGCUGAGGAAGUGGUGCCGCAAAUUGAAGGAAUGGAUGGUUUUGGAGGGCCUAUAGUUCACACAAGCUCAUACAAGAGUGGCGGAUUGUUUCGAGGAAAGGCUGUUUUGGUGGUUGGGUGUGGCAAUUCAGGCAUGGAGGUCUGUUUGGAUCUCUGCAACUAUAAUGCUCGCCCAUCCCUCGUCGUUAGAGACUCGGUGCACGUCUUGCCCCAAGAGAUGCUAGGCAGAUCAACUUUUGGAUUGUCCAUGUGGUUGCUCAAGUGGUUCCCCAUGCGCCUCGUGGAUCGGUUUUUACUUCUGGUGUCUCGUUUUAUGCUCGGAGACACUGAAAAAUUCGGCCUCCGUCGCCCGGAGUUUGGUCCUCUAGAACUCAAGAGCAGAUCCGGCAAGACACCUGUUUUGGAUGUUGGGACACUUGCAAAGAUCAAGAGUGGAAACAUUAAGGUUUAUCCGGGAAUAAAGCGACUAGCAUACCGUGCCGCAGAAUUUGUUAAUGGGAGAAAGGAGAAUUUCGAUGCCAUCGUCCUUGCCACCGGUUACAAAAGCAAUGUACCACAAUGGUUGAAGGAGACAGAUUUCUUUUCAGAGACUGAUGGUUUGCCUCGGAAGUCAUUCCCAAACGGAUGGAAAGGCGAAUGUGGUUUGUAUGCUGUAGGAUUUACAAAGCGUGGUUUGCUUGGUGCCUCCAUUGAUGCGAAAAGGAUAGCUGAAGAUAUGGAGCAUCAUUGGAAAGCUGAGCCCAGAAAAUUUCAUGGCCAUCAACUCGGCCGGUCACCGUUGCCACCACAAUCAUGAUUAGAAGGAUUCUAAGUAAAAAAAAAGACUAAUGGACUACCUCUCCCCUGCACUGUAUUGACAAAUUGUUUUCGCCCUUGUUCCCUGUUGACGAAAUGUGGAGUAAAAAACAAAGAGGAAUAUAUGUGAUUAUUUUAUGUACUUGUCAACGAUAGAACUUGGAGGUAGGUUAGGCGAGGAUUUAGAGGAAAAAUUAUUCUCAGUGUGAAUACCUUGUAUAUUGCCAUUUUCCAAUAGUGAGGUAAAUUGUUUUUUUUUU